ACCUCCAAACGAAUGUUCAGACAUUGGACCGCAUAAAUCCGCGUGUAACAAACCAAGUUUGUCACUAGCUCGCUCUGCCUCACUCCUUGGAAAAGGGAAUCUGUGCGCCUUACCUCUAAUGCAAGCGACACACGGUUCCAUUACACUCUUUCCUCCAACUUCGAUACUUGGAAGCUUGCGUAAAUCACUUAAAUUUACAUGCCCAAGCCGCCGAUGCCAAAGCGCCAACGAGUCCUCAACUUGAACCGUAGCCAAAGCCCCAUCUACAACAGGAAAACAGUCAUCCAACAUAUAGAUACCCGAGACUUCACUAGCAGUAACCACAAGUUUACUCGUAAUUUGGCCCAUCGAUGAGUGAAUCAACUUACAACCAUCAGAAUCAAAAACCACUUUCCAACCCUUCUGUACCAACUUACUAAUAGACAACAGAUUAACUCGCAAAUCAGGUACAUAUGAGCAAUCUUUUAUAGGUAACAAAACUCCUUUUAAACUUACCAAAAUGUCACCCAUACCUGUACUUGACAUUUUCUCAUCAUUCGCACAUGUCACAACAUUGUUAUCAGUAACCUUAAAGUCUCUAAACCAGUGCUUUUGAAAACUCAUGUGAUUUGAAGCUCCACUAUCCAAAUACCACAACGAGGGAUUAAAUGAAUUAUGGACUGACAGCGAACAGUAUAAUCCAACUUUCUUCGAGCUCGGAGAAACCGUUGAUACAUUUUCUCUGUUUGCAUCCUUUUUCAUUUCUGGACAGUUUAUUUUUCUGUGACCUUGCUUCCCACAUUUAAAACACUUUACUGAAUUUUUAUGUUGUUUCCUUGUUACUAAAGCUGAAUUUAUAGGCGAAGAAUCCUUAGAAGAGCUCUGAACCAAAUCUUCUUGUAAAAGCUUUUGCCGAACAUUUUCUGAGUUAACAUCGAUAGCAUUGAUAACGCUAUCAAUCCUGUACUUGCUGCCCAAUCACCACGAGCUGCGCGUCUUGCUGACACGGCUGAACAUGGCUGACAAUUCUGCUGUCUUCCUGUCCACCAUCUCGCUGCUUCUCUGUUCCAUCUGGAUGGUGUCUGGAAUAUUGCUCAUUGCAGGAGUGAAAAAAAAUGCAUCAGGACUCGUGCUGUUCUACUUCGUGUACGGCAUCUUCUUUACGAUCACUCUGCACGUGGCGGCUCUGUUGUUGCUUCUGCAUAAGGAUUGGGCGUUCAGUUUUGGUAUCAUACUCACUUCUGUGAUCCACAUUAGAGGACUGGUCUCGGGCUACCAAACGUACGAUCUGAUGCAGAGGGGCAAGGUCUUGGGAGACGGCGCUAACGAGCUGCUGGUGGAAGACUUGCCGGAUGAAAACGUAUAGAUUCCACGUAGGUGCUCGUCGCUAUAACAUUCACAUUUAUUAUUUAUGUAUUUCCACCGUUGUUACUAGUGUCGCCCAUUUUUCUUUCUUUCUAUAAAGAGUACCUUAAAAUAAAACGGAUUUUCACGGAACGGAACGGAACCCUAAACCGUGCGUGGCCUGACACGGCCGGUUAUUUAGACAGACUAUAAGUACAAUUUUAAUUUUUCAUAAGAGUUUUUUGCAUCAAUAAAAUUGAAAAGUCUGUGGCAAUGAAAUCCUGAACGGAUUCACAUAUAAUUAUAAUUCAAAUAUAUGUAUUUGUAAUUUGUUGAUAUCAUCUUUCCCAACGUUUAAUUUGCCGACUGGUAGCCGGCUACCUAUAACAAUAGUUUUUUGUAAGUAUAAAAUCUCUUGCGUCGACAUUAUUAUUCUUCCCUAAAACCGUGUGCAUUGAAUAGGUAUAACUUGCCUAAAUUAUAUUAUGUGAGUAAAUAUACAAUAGAAUUAAUAAUUAAAUUUUAAAGUUAAAUAAAUUAAAAUGUGCCAUACACGUAUUUGUUGUUAAGUGUUACGUGUUUUAUACCAAUAUUUUCAAGUAUCCUACCUGACAACGGUGCUUGUGUUGUAAGGAGGUUUUCGUGUUCGUUACCAUCGCGAUUGACGAUAACUUUUUUGAAACUUCGCAAAGGACCUAAGGUACCGUAUCUUACCACUUCGUAUAUAUGUAUUUAGUUAUUUUGUAACAAGGCUGUUAUCUACCUACAUAUCCUAAGAAAAUAAAAAAUAAAAAGUGAAAAAGAUAGUUUUUAUGUGAUAAAGUUUAAUUUGGUAAGUUAACUGUGUAAGUAGAUAUAACAUUGAAAUAAUUAGGUUUUGUAUGUUCAAUGUUUCAUACCUCAAAAAGUAAAACGAAACCUUUGUAAAGUCAUAUCUAAUUCGUCAUCGUCUAUCCGACCGACACAGCCACUUUUCCCUAAAUAACUGAUUUGAAAUGUACUAUUGUUUUAUGUGACCUAGAGACAGAGACGAAAAAAAUUAUCGUAUCAAUAAUUAAAUAUUAAUAUCAAUAAUUUAAUUAACUUUGUUUUAGGAGCUACUACUAACAUUUUGAAAAACAAUCGCGAAAUACAUUUGUCGUCUAAAAUAUUGAAAUUAAAUAGGUAUUAUAUGCAGUGUAUAUAAAAAUACCUAGCCCAUAAAAUAAAAAUAAUUGUUCGUCCUUGGGUCACAGACGUAAGUCUUUUUGAGUUGAAAUUUCAUAAAACACAUCUCAAUCGGUUCAGUAGUUUCGGGGUAAACUAAAUGUACGGUCGAACGGAUAGAGAGAUACUCGAAAAGAAAAACCUACAUGUAACGUAGGUAUAAAUUCGGAACUCUCACGCGAGCUCAACUCGCACUUUACCGAUGAUUUCUAUUAACACAUGUGCAUCAUGUAAAAGUAAAUAUGUACCUAUAUUGUUAUAUAUUACCAUAGAUAAAUAUUGUUUUAAUUAGAAUUAAGUCUCAUACAUACAUAUGUAAUGUAAUGAAUAUAAAUAAUUUUAUUUGUGUCGGUCAAAUGUCAUAGCAUAGCAUAAAAUCACUAUUUUGCUAAAAAUCAAAUUUCUAUACCUAGUAUCAGCACAAUUUGAUAGUACAUAUUUUAUACACCUAUAACGACAAAAAUAAUACUAUAAUAAUAAUAUAGAUCUAGUUAGUAGGUACUGGUAUAAUUACAAAAAAAAAUACCUAAAAAAACAAAAGAAUUACAAUUUUCUCUAAAUUAUUUAAAACAUUUUCAAAUAAAGUAUUUGACAAAAAUUGUACAAAAAAUGUUUGUAAUAAUUUAAAGAAAAGUGUAACUUUUUGUAAUUUUGACCACCUAGGUAUUUUAGUUAUUGUCCAAAAAUCAUUAUUAUAACUAUGUUAAUUAGUAAUAAAGUUACUUCCAUGGAUAUUUGACUGUUUGUCGCUCAACUGAAAAAGUUCGUGAAAACUAAGUGCAAACAAAAUGAUUCUUUGAAUCUCCUUUAAAGUAUCGGCAAUAAUCGAAAGGCUGUAAAAAUAUUUCAGAUUUGUCCAGGCGCAUGUUUGAACACUUACUCAAAUACCUAUAACAGAACAGAUAGAAAACAGACUCUUGCGGGAAUCGCGAUUGCGACUUUAGAAUUAUAACAUUUAUAUAUAGGUACCUAUUAUGAUUUAAACAUAUAACUUUCAAAGUACCUACUAACUUCCUAAAUGGGCAAAUUAAUAAGGCCUUAUAGGUGCCAUAUCUUAACUUAACAUAACUUAUAUAUUAACAUAACCAUGUUUUCGGCUUUAGCGUGUUAUUAACUUUACCCAGUUCGUACAUUAAUGUUUAUACUCAAUUAUUACGGAACUUUUGCCACUUGUAGACUAAAAAUAAUUCUUUGUCCGCGUUGUAAUGACAACAAAAAAAUUACUUAAUUUGGCAAACUGAUUACCCGCUUAUAUGUUUAAAUUUAUACAUAAAUAUUUAGGUCUGUGGAAAUGAUAAGUAUUUUAUGUGUGUAUAUUAUAUACAACUUAUUUUUCGGUUUGCUAAACAGUCGAUAAACAUACAAGAGAAGAACAAAUUGCCAUUGCCGCACUUUGCAUGUAUUAUAAUGGCGGCUCCACACUAUCAGUGAACAGUUCACCAAACUUUGGCAGUUUCGGUAGAUUUUUCAUUGCGUUAAAUAAAAGCAUUCAUACAAACUACGCAAUGUUAAUGCAUUCGCGUCUCCAUCAGUCAGACGCCGACGCGAAUGCAUAACGAUAGUGUGAAGCCUACAUAACACAUCAGUAAGAUAUUCCAUUAUAGUGUAGGUAUAUGUACAUGAAUGCAUGAAGAAGAAGAAGAAGAAUCUCCUUCUUCUUCUAUCCCAACUCCCACUUUAUUUGGGUCGGGUCUUCUCGUACAUUUAGCUAGAGAUGUUAACACCGGUUUGUUUGGGGAUUGAGCCUCCUCUUUGUGGAUUUCUAUUUCCAUGUAGGUAUUACAUCUACUGCUUACGUGAUAAAUUGCUAAUUACCUAUCUACUGCUUAUCGCUCCCAUGUAAGCACAUUGUUCCUCAGCCGUUAAGCGUAUCGGAGCUCGAAGCCCAGGGAUGUGCUUACAUGGUUUAACGUAUUUAUAACAGCUUAGACAUUAUUAUUUUAUAUCCUAGUACCAAAUUACUUUAGACAUAAGUAUCUAAUCUGAUAAUUUUAUAUUCUGGGUUUAAUUAAGUUUUGACUAUGUACUCGUAGUUAUGACAAUUUUCUACCUGUUAAUAAAAUCUAAAUUCAA